AUGCCCGCGCUGAGCCUCAGAUCUCGCAAUGACACGACCCAGCUGACAACACCGUCCUUCAGCGUAAAGCGUAAGCAGCCAGCCCACUUCAUAAUGAUAAUAGCCUGCACAAUAGUUGCUCAUCCCUCUCCUCCCAACUUUUUGUCUCCCUUCCAUCCCUCCCGCUCCUCGCUCCGCCAUUUGCGUUGCCUCUCCUUCGCUGUCCUCACUUUUUUUACGUUCACCUUCCUUUUUGCAUUCGCGCGCGCAUCCGCAUUCGCAGACGACAACGAUGAGCACAUGCUUGCGACAAUGUCCCUGUACGGCUACUCCCGUCGUGCCACUCUCUCUCUCACCUGGUACACACUCUCCUUUUCCACACGUUCAGUGCUUGAAACUACUCUAGAUAGGCCCACACCGCGUGCAUUUGCAUUCCUCUGUGCCAGGCAUGGAAUUGCAUUAAACGGAAGCAUUGACCCACCACUCACGCCGCCCGCACCGAGUCUGUCCGCGACUUCCACAUUACCUUCUCUCUUCACGUCAGGACGUCCCAGAGAUACACCCUUGCGAUCAAUGACUCAGCACACCGUACCUUCCAUUGCUUGCUGUAGCAAGAGCAUGCAGCACGCACGCACAGAUACAGAUUCGCCUGUAGCUCAAAUCAGCUUGCUCGACGCUCCGGAUCUCAACCCAGUACACUACCUACCCUUCCUACACGUUGUCAUAGGUGAAGACUGGUCUGAUAUAUUCAAAGUAUGA